AUAGAUCGCUCUGAAGGGCCCUACAUAGCAGAGCUCAGGAGGGAAGGAAGUGUUGGAGGACCCCAUCUUCCCCCAGCCCAGACAGGACUUGCCUCAUCCCUCACCUGGACCUCACUCCAGCCCUGUGCAGCAGCAGCAGCAGAAAGUGACUCUGCAGAGAACCCAAGGCGGCCUCGAGAGGAGUGAGGAGCAGUACUCACACGGCCACCUACCCUGCUCCAGGGAGCUGCUGCUUUGUACUACCAAGGAGAGGGCCAUAAUGCUGGGCCCUCACUUCCCACCCCCAACCCUUGGACCCAGCGAGGGGAGGCCUGCCCCUUGCACCUUCCAGAUCCCGGAUGGGAGCUACAGGUGCCUGGCUCUGGAAGCUGAGGAGAGCAGCAGUGAAGAUGGCCAGCAGGGAGAGGUGAGGCUUGUGGACCUGGAAGAAGAUGUGGCCAGCAGACACAGAGCCAGCCAUGGCAAGCCACGGCUAUCCAGAGCCUCAGACGUAAUCCAGCCAUCCAGCUGUUCCAGGGAGGCACGAGGUGGUUUCCAGCACGGUGACAGGACCAGCCACGACUGGGAUGUGGUACAGGCCCGGAAAGUGAUGACAGUCGGUGACAGCACCAGCCCUGGGUCCAGGGUGGUCCAGAAACCAGCCUUAGGCCGGAGCACUAGCUUCACUGAAAAGGAUCUGAAGGAGGCCAAGGCGUGGAGCCAGCAGAUUGCAGCCCAGCUGACCACCCCUCCCAGCUCCAACUCCCGAGGGGUCCAGCUCUUCAACAGGCGCCGGCAGAGGGUGAACGAGUUCACCUUGGAGAGCCGUGGCAAGAAGCCACCAAAGCAUAGUCAAGAGGCCCUCCCAGCAGGGCAUCCUUCGAACCCCACAGGCCAUGCCCCAGGGCUCAGUCUGAGACCUCCAUCUCCACCCAAGCCAGGCUCUCCAAAGCAUCCCAGCCCCCGAAGCCCCAGCAGAGGUGUCCCUGGCCACAUCAUGGAAGGCUACUCAGAGGAAGCCAGCCUCCUGCGGCAUCUGGAGAAGGUUGCCAGCGAGGAAGAAGAAGUACCACUGGUGGUUUAUUUAAAGGAGAAUGCAGCCCUGCUAACCGCUAAUGGGCUCCACCUGUCCCAGAGCCGGGAGGCCGAACAGUCCUCACCAAACCCUCCAACAACAGAGGCACACAGUCCAGCUGCAGACAUCAACCAGAACCUCUCCUCGCCCAAUGCUACACUCACCACACCAGCGUCCAACAGCCACCACAACCAGCCCACCACCGAUGUGAAUCAGAAUCCCCCAGCCGCUGUCACCCCUGUCCAACAGAAUUCAUCUGAGGCCCAGUAUCCCACAAAUGGCACACCCGAUUCCAAGCCCAGCACUCCAUGUGCUGAUGGGCAGCCCCAGGGGCCAGCAGGGGAGGUGAGAUCCAGCAUUCUGCUGAUUGAUAAGGUGUCAGCUCCAUCCCCUGCCACCAGCACCUUCUCUAGAGAGGUCACUCCCCUCUCCAGCUCUGGGCCACCAGCAGCAGAUCUCAUGUCCAGCUCCCUGCUCGUUGACGUGCAGCCUAGCAACCCAGUGGCGUCAGCAGAGCAAGAGAUGUCCAGCCGUGCAGCUGUCACCACGCCCACCAAGGUGUACAGUGAAGUGCAUCUCACGCUAGCCAAGCCCGCAUCGGUGGUCAACAGGACAGCCCGGCCUUUUGGGAUCCAGUCACCAGGGAGUACCAGCCAGGUGGAACACAGCCCCAUGAUGGGAAGGCGACAUUUUGGAGAGAAGGCCUGGGCUCCCCCGACUACCUCCAUGGUGGACAGAAGUCCCCAGCCUCAAAGGCACAUGAUGUCCCGCAGCCCAAUGGUAGAAAGGAGGCUGGUUGGGCAGCGAAGCCCAGUCCUGGAGAGACGCCCUUUAGGAAGCUUCACCCCACCCCCCACCUAUGCCGAGACUUUGUCAACAGCCCCAGUGGCUUCCCGGGUUAGGUCUCCUCCUUCUUAUUCUACUCUGUACCCCAGCUCUGACCCCAAGCCACCUCAUCUGAAGAGCCAGGUAGCCCCUGCCAACAAGACAGGCAUUUUGGAAGAGUCUAUGGCCCGCCGAGGCAGCCGGAAAUCAAUGUUCACUUUCGUGGAGAAGCCCAAGGUGACCCCGAAUCCAGACUUGCUGGACCUAGUGCAGACAGCUGAUGAGAAGCGGAGGCAGAGAGACCAUGGGGAGGUGGGCAUGGAAGAUGAGCCCUUUGCCCUGGGAGCUGAGGCCUCCAAUUUCCAGCAGGAACCAAUAGCUCGGGACAGGGCCAGCCCUGCAGCCGCUGAGGAGACUGUCCCUGAGUGGGCCUCCUGCCUCAAGUCACCCCGUAUUAAGGCUAAGCCGAAGCCCACACCCAACCAGAACCUCUCAGAGGCCUCAGGGAAGGGAGCUGAGCUCUAUGCCCGCCGCCAGUCGCGGAUGGAGAAAUACGUCAUAGAGUCUGCAGGCCACACUGAAUUGGCCCGCUGCCCCUCACCUACUAUGUCCCUGCCGUCAUCCUGGAAGUAUUCUACUAAUGCCCCUGGGGGCUUCCGAGUGGCAUCCCUAAGCCCAGCGCGGACUCCGCCUGCCUCUCUCUACCACGGCUAUCUGCCGGAGAAUGGGGUCCUGCGCCCAGAACCUACCAAGCAGCAGCCAUACCAGAUGAGGCCUUCACUCUACGCUCUGUCUCCCGUCAAGGAACCUCCCAAGACCUCAUCCCGCUCCACCUCACCACGCACUCCGUCCCGCACUGUCUCACCUCGUGCCGCCUCUCCAGCCAAGCCUAGCUCCCUGGACCUGGUGCCCAACCUGCCUAGGGCAGGCCUGCCACCAUCUCCUGCUCUGCCUCGGGCUUCCCGCUCCUCCCCAGGCCUCUACACUGUCCCUGUCCAGGACAGCCUCCAGCCCACUGCUGUGAGCCCCACCUACAGCAGUGACAUCUCGCCCGUGUCUCCCUCCAGGGCCUGGUCUCCCCGAGCCAAGCAGGCCCCCAGGCCUUCCUUCUCCACCCGGAAUGCCGGAAUCGAGGCCCAGGACCGCCCCGAGAGCCUGCCCACGUCCCCGCCCUGGACGCCGGGCGCUUCCCGGCCCCCCAGCAGCCUGGACGGCUGGGUGAGCCCGGGGCCGUGGGAGCCGGGUCACCGGAGCAGCAUGAGCAGCCCCCCGCCGCUGCCGCCGCCGCCACCAAUGUCCCCCUCGUGGAGCGAGCGCUCGGUCUCCCCGCUGCGACCGGAGGCCGAAGCGCGGCCCCCGAGCCGCCAGCUGCAGGCGCUUCUGGCGCGCAACAUCAUCAACGCGGCCCGGCGCAAGAGCGCCUCCCCGCGGCCAGCGGCUGCCGAGCCCCUGCGGCCCUUUUCCCCGCCGCGGGGGGCGCCGCCGCGCAUGCGCUCUCCUCAACCGGGUCGCCCCGCAGGCGCCUUCCGCGGAGCCGCCUUCGCCCCCAUCCCGCGGAGCCCGCUGCCGAUCGGGCCUCCGUCCUGUGCUAGUCCCCAGAGUCCUCAGGCCACGCCGUCCAGGCCUUUUCCCUACCGCCGCUCGCCCACAGACUCCGACGUGUCCCUCGACUCUGAGGACUCCGGGCUAAAGUCGCCUGGCAUCCUCGGCUACAAUAUCUGUCCUCGAGGCUGGAAUGGCAGCCUGAGGUUCAAGCGUGGUAGUCUCCCCACCGAGGCCUCCUGCACCACCUAAAGUUUCCCACCCUGGAAGGGCUGAGCCCAAAGAGGCACCAAGCUUGGGGAACCCCAGCACCGGGACCCCAAAGGGUCUGACCUCAUUGGACAGCUCCAGAGAAGGGUCAGAGAAGGAGAGCUCUGGGCCUGGGGGCCAGGUAGCUAGUCACUCAAACUUGGGUUCUAACCCUUGGUUCUGCCAUUCCUUUGUGUGACCCUGAGUGAGAGCCUCCUGUCUCUGACCCUCAGCUCUGGCCGCUGCAGUCUCCAGACAUCUUCCCCUUCUAUUCACACACUCAUGCCUUGGAGAAGGCAGCCACGCCCCCCACCCUUGGGCCUGCAGCGUGCUCCUUCUUCACUCCGUUCUCCAGCAGCCUGGAGAAAAGUGUUGAAAAGAACCUAGGCCGUGACCCAUUACCAGGCCCUGGCUUGACCACCGGCUCCUGGCACCAAGUUCUAGGCAAGAGCAACUGUUUUCCAUCCCUUCUCAGACUAGCCCUAUUUUUAUCUGGUGACCUUUAGCGAGAUCUCCCAGGCAAGCUCAAGGUGCCCUGCUGGGCCCCUCUGGGGAGAAGGAGCUGGAAGAGUCUCCCCAGGCUCUGCCCUGCUGCCUUUGUUGCCCCAGUGCAGGGUGUCCGGGGUCUCCCUAUGGCCAGGGCAGAACAGUGUGUGAAGUGCUGGGUUCUCUGGGGCUAUGGGUCUCAGGAGCCCCAGACCUCUGCCCUUCUGGGCCUGGUCAUGGGAAAUCUGGUGUUUUUCAAAGCUGAGGAGAGAAGAGAGCCUUACAUGGCUGCCCCCCACCUGGCCUUACCUAAUUGGAAAGAGGUCCUCCUUGCAGAAUAUGUAAGCCAUGGCCAAGGUGCAUAGAGGGGACUCCGGUAUUGGGGAGGGUUCUCAUCCUGAAAUGCAUCCCAUAGUAUUAGAAAGGGAGGUUGAGGGUGGAGGACCACGGAGUUUGAAUUCAGAGACAAUAAACCUGGGUGGGAAGUCAAGGGGCCAUACCAGUAUGGGCCUGUGUUUCUGGUCACCAAGUAAACGCCUCCUCCCUUCACUUUCAGGCCUCGGCCCAGAAGAGUGGGCACUGCUAUAUUCAUUUUCUUCACAUCUCACUCUGGCCUAACUUGUGCCUAUACCCAAGUGGCCUUGAGGAGCUGGUCCCCUAAACUUCAGUGGCUCUGAUUCCAGUCCCCAAGAAUGACACUGGGAAGGAUGUGGCUGAGCUUUGUGGUUUUCAUCGUUGGCUGAUGAUACCUGUUGAGGUUCAAAAUAUCAGCUUCAGAAUUCAGAACCUGGGGGUUCAGGUGCUGUAGUUCAAUGAGGUGCAAAUAUACGUAGGUGAAACAAAACAGGAGGAUGUUGUUAAAGGCAAGGGAUGAUGUGAUUUGGAGUAAUUAGUAGAUUUACCCGCACAUCAGGAUGAUCUAGAACUCCCUAGAGGAAGCUAGGGAUCAGGGUGAAAUAAAGUCAAAGUUGGGAUGGAGUACAUUGGGAUAUAGGAGAGGUUCGUAAUGGCCAUGGUUGGGAACCUGUCUCCACUGGGAAGAUGAGAGUGUACUCAGCUCAGUCAAUAAAUGAAUACAUUUACCAAAGCUCCUAUGUGCUGCAGCAUCCUUUUUAGCUAAAAAGUCCCAGGCUAGGGAUGCCUCCCAGAGAAGACACUAUUAGACAUCCAGCUGAUGCAUAGAUCAGCUUCUACCUGCAUUUCCUCAGACAACCAGCAGGAGGCAGCUUUGAGAAACUACAGUUCUGUUUCUGCUGUUCUGCCAUGGUGACUGCCUUCUCCCUUAUGGUCUCUAACACACUAGAGCUUGCCUGUAUCCUGCCUCAUGCCUCUUGUAGAAUUCAGAGCAAUAAAUGCUUUCUGCAUUCUU